UUUUUUUUUCUCUCACUUUAUUUCAGUAAUGACUUCAACUGGUGCUUCAGUCGCAUCUCAAACGAAUUUCGACAAAGGCGUAGAGUUCCGACUAAAAGGAAAUGCUUCAUUCAAGGAAGGCGAUUACACAGAAGCAUUGAGACAGUAUUAUUUUGCAAUUCUACAUCUUCGUACUGUUGGUGGAAACAAGGAAAAGAAAAUAUUCGAAGAGAAGGCUAAUGAACAGCUUGUGAUGAUUUACAACAACAUGUCAAAUGUUUAUUCAAAGCAAAACAAGUGGGAACGUGUUAUUGAAUAUGCAACAAUGGUCACUGCAUUAGAUCCAAAAAACAAAAAAGCCACCUUUAGGCUCGGACAGGCUUACUUGCGACAAGGAAAAGCUGAUAAGGCCAAACCUUUACUGGAGGAUGUAUUGAAAAUGGAUCCAAAUGAUGCUCUUGUUAAAAGUGAGAUUGCUCGACUUGAGGAGGAUGAGCAGCAUAUGGAAAAUAGAGAAAAAAAUAUUUAUCGCAAAAUGUUUUCUUGAAAGAAUUUAUGAUUUAUUUCUCAAAUACCCACAAUAAAAUAUCAGAAUAUGUGUGUGUGUAUAUAUCGAUAAUUGAAUGUUUCAUAUUUUUGUUAUUCUUGACUUAAAGCAAGGGACAUUACACAACAGGCAAAUAACAUAAUCAUUAAUAUCAUCAUAUAGCCAGCCCAGCCAUGUCCCACAUGAAGUAAGCGGUUUACAAUGCGGUACUGAUUUUGGAAAUAGGUUACAAAAGCGACGCAUAUGCUCAACAUCCCAAGAGCGACAAAGAUGUAUGCCACAAUACUGGCCUGGGGAGAAUUCUCUUGGUUUGUCCAAGGAAAUGAAUACGAUGGAGCAAAGCUCUUUGAAGAUACAUCGAGGAGAGAGAUAAAUCCCAGCAGUGACAUUGUCAUGCCAGUUCGCAUCCAUGUAAGCAGAUUGCGUUCAUUGGCGAAAUGAUCUCUUGGAUCUGGACCGUCGAUAAAAGUGUGGAUAGAUGGGUCAAGGUAGUUAUAUUUUGUAGAGCAUUUUUCAUCAUUGCAUACUGUAAAUGGUUUCUUUACAUUAGACUCCAUCUAGACAAAUUUCAAU